CCCGAAGGCUCCUUUUUUGCUAUGAGAGAGACGGUGGGACUGUGGCUGUUCGGUUGGCAAUGAGAUGAGGCUCAGACAUGGGACGGCGGCCACCGCGUUAGCCUUUGUCACCUCCUUCCUCAGCCUGUCCUGGUACACGGCCUGGCAAAAUGGAAAAGAAAAGUUGGUGGCCUAUCAGCACGAAUUCCACGCCCUGAAGGAGCGCCUUCGAGUGGCCGAACACCGAACUUUGCAACGUUCCUCUGAACUGAACACCAUUCUGGAGCAGUUCAGACGGGCAGUGGCUAUGUCUAAUGGCAGCCGAGAGGCCCUGAGCAACUUUUCAGAUGACACCAAAAAGCUGCUGAAAGAUCUGACUAACAAAAAUGUCCUACAAGUGCCAAAUAUCUACCACCACUUACCCCACUUACUUAACAGUGAGGAAAGCCUUCAGCCCGCUGUGCAGGUCGGCCUUGGUCGGACUGGGGUCUCUCUAGUGAUGGGGAUUCCCACUGUGAAGAGGAAAGUUAAGUCUUACCUUGGAGAGACGCUUCACUCAUUAAUUGAUAAACUAUCUCCUGAAGAGAUGCUGGAUUCUGUAAUAGUAAUAUUCGUAGGAGAGACCGAUCUCGAUCAUGUCCAGCACGUGGUGGGUGACCUGGAAAAAGAAUUUUACACAGAUAUUAAUUCAGGGUUAAUAGAAAUUAUAUCUCCUCCUGUCGCUUACUACCCUGACCUGACAAACCUGAAGGAGACAUUCGGAGAUUCAAAAGAGCGAGUCAGGUGGCGAACAAAACAGAAUUUGGAUUAUUGCUUCCUUAUGAUGUACGCACAAAGAAAGGGGGUUUAUUACGUUCAGCUAGAAGACGACAUUGUUGCCAAACAAAACUACUUCAGCACAAUGAAAAAUUUUGCACUUCAGCUGUCCUCCGAAGACUGGAUGGUCCUGGAAUUCUCUCAGUUGGGAUUUAUAGGUAAAAUGUUUCAGUCACCUGAUCUGAACCUGAUUGUGGAAUUUAUACUGAUGUUCUACCAGGAGAAACCAAUUGACUGGCUUUUAGAUCAUAUCCUCUGGGUGAAAGUCUGCAAUCCCGAGAAAGAUGCAAAGCAUUGUGAUCGUCAGAAAGCCAAUCUGCGCAUCCGUUUCAGACCCUCGCUGUUCCAGCAUGUCGGGCUGCAUUCUUCUCUGGCUGGCAAGAUCCAAAAGCUGACGGAUAAAGACUUCAUGAAGCCGUUACUUCACAAGAUGCAUGUUAACCCGCCUGCAGAGGUGUCCACCUCUCUCAGAGUUUAUCAGGACCAUUCGCUGGACAAGGUGUACCUAGGAGAGGACUUCUUCUGGGCAAUUACACCUCUCGCCGGUGACUACAUCCUCUUCAAAUUUGACAAGCCUUUGAUUAUAGAGAGAUACUUGUUCCGCACUGGGAACCCAGAGCAUCCAGGUGAUGUGCUGUUGAAUACCAGCGUGGAGAUUUUUUCUGCCAAGGUUUCAGGAUUCAAAUUGCCGCAGGAGACCAUGGAAUCCAGAUAUCAGCGCACGGAUGAUGGAUUUUUCAAAAUAGGUGAAUUUGAGAACGGAAUAGCUGAAGGAGCCAUUGAUCCGAGCUGCAAUCCUAUCAGUGCCAUCAGACUGUCAGUUGUGCGAGAUUCCGCGGUGUGGGUUAUUGUUAAUGAGGUUCACCUUAAAAAAGCUGCCAGCUAAUCAGGAUUUAAGACAUUCGUUCGAGAAUCAGUUUUCAAACGGAGAGAAAGAAAUCUCCACUCCAGUCUAAUAUUUUAAUCGUUCGAUUUUAACAAGGAAGAGAAGUGUGGAUAUUAAUUGACGAAGUCGUGGACAUAACUACUUCACUGUCUGAUCACCUUGAGUAAAUGCUCAUCGUUCCUGAACUCGACCUCCUACCUCCUGUGAAAUCUACUGCAAUUUUCUAUGUAACUAUUUUAAUUUUAAGAUUGACCACCUGAACUUUUUUUUUAGGGUAGCGAUGCUGAAAAUGAUUAACGGACUGUUCGAUUAAUUGUAGGUUUGACCAAGGUGUAUAUAUGCAUUAGUUUUCUUACCUGUUCUUUAUCUGAACAGCGUUGCAAAGUAUCAAGUCAAAUCAGGCGACAAAGAAGGCUUCUGCGAAAGUGCAGGGUUUAUUUUUUGGGGUUAAUCAUGUUAGAAACUCUCUUGAUAUAAGUUGUGCAUCAGGGACAGAAUCUGUACAAAAUGUGUGUGUGGUGGAGGGGGAGUUAUCUUUAAUUUAUUAUCAGUGUUCUUCGGGCAGUGUUGUGCGUUCAUGUUUUUGUAGGAUAUGCGGAUAGACGCACAUUUUAUUCUCGAACGGAGGACGGAUAUCAUUUUAAUUUACCGUCGAAACGCACUCCUUUUAUCUUGUGAUGGUGUCACUUCACUUCACGAAGGAAACUGUUGUUGCCUUUUAAAAGCGUUGACUUGUGAAUGUCGAAACUUGCCAACUUCCUUGCGAUGCAGUUUGCACCGCAAUGUAAAGACAGGUUUCCAGCAGCAUCGAAAAGGCAUGUGUUACGAUGGGUGCCUUAUAUUAUAUGCUACUGCAGCAGGUUAUUUGUGGUAACAAUGACCCAAAUAGAGGUAUUUGGAAGAAUCAUUCUGUGACCCCUUUAUUAUAAAUUAGAAUUAUAGAAUCUUACAGCACAGAAGGAGGCCAUUCAGCCCAUCGUG